AUGGGCUUCGUCGACUACUCCAAGUCCACCAAGUCCAAGGACUAUCGCGGCUCCACCUCUUUCGCGACGUACAUGAUCAUCGGCCCGACAUGCUUCUUCCUCGGCAUCCUCUUCGCCUCCUUCCCCUACGACUUCCCCCUCCUCUGGUCCAAGGAGCCGGUCGGCGACGCCUACUACCAGCAGCUUGAGACGCACCUCAAGUUCAUGCACCAGUCGCCGCCGCUCAUCGGGCGCAUCCUCAACAUCAUGGUCUCCGUCGGCUUCACCGGCCUCUUCGUCAAGCUCUUCCGACCGAGCGAGGCCAACUUCCUCUUCGACGGCGCCUCGCUGAUCCUCUACACCAUCGGCGUCGCCGUCUACAUCACCAACACGGUCAAGGGCCUGCGCACCAUCAGCUCCGGGCUCUGGGAGACGGAGGAUUUCAAGAAGACGCAGGAGGCGACCGUCGAGGGCGAGUUCGUCCUCGGACGCGAGGACAGCCUCAAGGUGCUGGCGGCGAGCAACACCAUCCUCGCCCUCGUCCUCAUCGGCGUCCUCGUCCUCCAGGCGGGUCAGUGGUACGCCGAGAAGCGGGACUCGGACGAGGAGACGGCCACGGUCGACAAGAAGGAGCCGUCUCCCAGCGGCAAGGCGGCCGCCAACAAGAAGAAGCAGUGA